CAAACAUCUUCUUCAGUACUGUUGGAGAGGGUUAUGGCAGAAUUUACAGCGCCGGACGGGAAACUAGCCCACUUCACUGAUGAGGUCCAAAACAGCCAUCAGAGAGGAGUGACCUGCCCUCACCAAAGGUGCACACGCCUGCAGAAGCGCAGUCUCCCCUGUUCCCCUCAGGAUCUACUCCUGUUGUCCAUUAUUUCUGCUUGACUUUGUCCCCUGGAUCAUUCAAAACUGUUUCUCCAACGCUUCUACCAAAAACUUAGACUGUUUUCCAAAGCAGAAUCGGCCCAGCCCUCCCAGGCGGAAGUGAUGGGGAGUGUGCGAAGUCACCGUUACAGCAUUGUGUCCUCUGAGGAAGAUGGCAUGAAGCUGGCCACUAUUGCCGUCCCGAAUGGCUACGGAAACGGCAAUGUUAAUAAGGUGCACACAGAGCACCAACAUCAGAGCCGCUUUGUCAGGAAGGAUGGUCACUGCAAUGUGCAGUUUAUCAAUAUGAGUGAGAAAGGCCAGCGGUACCUGGCAGAUAUCUUCACCACCUGUGUGGACAUUCGCUGGCGUUGGAUGCUGCUCAUCUUCUGCCUUUCCUUCCUGCUGUCAUGGUUGUUUUUUGGCCUCGUCUUCUGGCUAGUGGCCCUCUCUUAUGGGGACUUGGAGAAUGAGACUCAAAUGUGUGUUUCCAAUGUGGACAGCUUUACUGCUGCCUUCUUGUUCUCGGUGGAGACCCAAACCACUAUUGGCUAUGGGUAUCGCUAUGUGACAGAGGAGUGCCCCGUUGCUGUCUUUAUGGUCGUCUUCCAAAGCAUUGUGGGAUGCAUCAUUGAUGCUUUCAUCAUCGGUGCUGUCAUGGCCAAGAUGGCCAAGCCCAAAAAGAGGAAUGAGACCCUUGUGUUCAGCCACUUUGCUACAGUGGCCAUGAGGGACGGCAAACUGUGCCUGAUGUGGCGCGUGGGAAACCUAAGGAAGAGUCACCUGGUGGAGGCCCAUGUUAGGGCCCAGCUCCUCAAGUCUCGCACCACUGCAGAGGGAGAGUUCAUCCCUCUAGAUCAGGUAGACAUCGACGUAGGCUUUGAUAGCGGCAUUGACAGAAUCUUCCUGGUGUCUCCGAUCACCAUUGUGCAUGAGAUUGAUGAGGACAGCCCAUUCUUUGAGAUGAGCAAACAGGAGUUGGAGUCGUCAGAAUUUGAGAUUGUAGUGAUUCUUGAGGGCAUGGUCGAGGCCACAGCCAUGACUACUCAAUGUCGGAGCUCCUAUGUGGCCAGCGAGAUCCUCUGGGGCCACCGCUUUGAGCCGGUGCUCUUCGAAGAAAAGAACUACUACAAAGUGGACUACUCUCGGUUUGACAACACCUACGAGGUGCCCAGCACACCCCACUGUAGCGCCAGGGAACUAGCAGAGAAGAAGUCCAACGCCUCCAGCUCGAGGAACUCCUUUUGUUAUGAGAACGAAGUGGCUCUUGAAAAAGUAGAGAUGGAGGAGGAGUUCGAGGAGGAUGAAAACAGGGAGAUGAGGAGUGUGGAGGUUGGUGCACUUGAAGACACAAACACAGAUGUAGUUUCAGACUCUGAACACAAUCUGGACUCUUUGCCUUUAGAAUCAAGGCCUUUGACAGCAGAAUCAGAAAUAUGACUACAGGGGAUGUUGAAGGGUUAAAUACUACCACAGGGUAUGUUAAAAUUUGCUUGAACUUUGUUCCUGAUUGCUUUUGAUGAUAUUGCAUGACGGUUUGUAAAAGACUGUGAGUUGAGUAUGAAAUUCUCUAUGCAGAAGCUCACGCACAAGACACCAUGGAAAUCCAAACAUGUUAAUGUUGUUUAUGGUGACGGUGGUGAUAAAUUAACUGGUUGCAACAGGGCUAGAGGGAUAAAAUGGGUUAGAUGCCUUCACUUGCACUCAGUGUGCAGUCUGUUUCUGAGUAUACUGCACUUCUGAAGUCAAAAUAUGUUAGUAGAAAAGCCAUUUGGAUAAAAAAAAAAAAUGCAAUGUUUGCUUAAGAAAAUCUAAUUUCUAACUUAUUCUAGUGCAACAGUGCAAUACCCAGUUGGAGCAUUUUGCAUAGAUAAUUAUUUUUGAUGAAAAGAGUGUUGAGUGUGUAAUUUCAUUUCAACCACUUGUGGCCAAAAUGUCACAUGAAGUUGUGACUGGCAAAAAUAAUUUAAUAUAUUUAAUUUCAAUUAAAACAUUUUUAAUUGAACUUUAAGUUCUGAGAUUUUUAAAAUCAUUUAAAGCUCAACAAUCUUGUUUUAAAGGCUACUAAUCACAUUUUUAACCCAUUAAACCACCUGCGCCAGAAGGCUACUGUUUGUUAAUGAGCUGGUCUCAUAGCAAAGUAUAUUUAUAAUCUUCUUCAGUGUGGCGGUUUAGGUGUUGCUCUCAUGGCGUGAGGCAGGAAAGAGAUGUCUUGCACAGGUUACGAGCACGAGUACAUUAUGCUCUUAUCAUCUUGUCUCACCCAGUAGCAUCUUUUGCAACGUGUGCCUUAGCAAAAGUCUCAGUCCCGGCGGAGGCACUCAGGAGGUUUGGCUUCGACUGAGCACACACUGCAUUAGAUGUCACAGGAAGAAGCAAUUGGAGGUGAUUUGCUGUGCCGAACACUGCCACUUCUCACAAGUCUUCAUGUUCUAAUGUGCAAUACGGUUCAAUUCAGUGGUAGACUGUGACAGGAAACUCGACCCUGAGCCGAGGUUAUGAAUGUUGAUGAUAAGUGCUGCUAAGUUACAUAUUGUAUGUUUAGAGAGAAAUCUAGGAGCCAAAAUGUAUUAUUUGUCUUUUAAAGUAUCCAUUUGGAGAUUUGCUAAUGCAGCCUAUAAUGUUAUUUCUAGAUGUAGACAAGCAUGAGUCUGUCAGUGUGUUUUCCGAAGCUUUAGUGCACUUUCUUCCUCACCAGAGAACCCCCUACCCCCCUACCCCCCCAUGCCCCUCAUAACAGCUUUAUUACCCAAAGCCAAAUGUGUACAUAUAUAUACAGUAAGAGGCAACUGUAACUCUCAUCUGUUAAUUGAUGUUGAUUUGAAACCUGAACUUUUCCUCAUCUAACAGUGGUUGGCUGUUGACACACUGAAGUAUGGUACGUUAUUUGAGUUGCUUUUGACGUAGUCUACUUUAUAUUAAGAUCAGUGUUCUUGGCAUGGCAGUCGUGCAAAAUUUGGACACAUCCUAGUUAACCCUGUCGCUUCACCACUGCGGGUCAUGUGAAGUUAUUUGUCAUUUCUGAAUGGGCCCUUGCUUUGUCUUAUUAAAACUAGAUUCAGGUCUGCUAGUUAAUACUUCAGUUCUAAACGCAAAUCCUGAACAGCACUUGACUUCAGUCUUACACAAGAUGGAGCUUUAUUGAUUUUCUUUUUUUUUUUUCUUUUUAAAUAAUCACUUGGGGUGUUAUUGUGUAUUGUUUGUAUUGACACAUUCAUGCUUGGAUAAGGUCAGUGGAAGCCAGAACACUGUGCUGCUUCUCUGGUAGGGAAAUCUAUACGUAACAUUUUAUCUGUUCUCACUUUGACACUUCUCCUGUUUUAGGUCUUUAUUUUUCUACCAGGGUCUUCCCAAUUUCCUGCACAAACCAGAGACUGUACAGGUUUUUUUAAAAAAUCUUUUGUAAAUUAUAAUGCAAAUACUGAAUAUUGAUAUUGCAGUUGUUGAAAACUGUUUAUGUCCUUUUUUCAAUAAAAGUGUAAAAAUCAUUA